UCCCAAUAGAAAUUCAAUGUCAUCGUUCCGUCCUGGGAGAGGACAUGACAGUCGGAGGACUGUGUUUUACACCAAUGAAGAGUGGGAACUUUUAGACCCACCCCCUAAGGACCUGGAGGAGUCGGUGGUACAGGAAGAAAGGAAGAAGCAGAUGCCUGAGGGAAACAAAGGAGUCACUGGCUCAGGAUUCCCCUUCGACUUUGGACGCAACCCCUACAAAGGAAAGCGCCCUUUGAAGGACAUAAUUGGGUCAUACAAAAAUCGUCACAGCAGUGGUGACCCUUCAAGUGAGGGGCUGUCAGGCAGUGGCAACAUCAGCGUACUCGCCUCUGAGAUGCAGCUGCAGGUUCAGAGCCAGCAGGAGGAGCUGGAACGGCUCAAGAAAGAACUGUCCAGUCAGAAGGAGCUGGUCCGGCUGCUCCAGCAGACUGUCCGCUCAUCCCAGUAUGACAAGUACUUCACGAGCAGUCGACUCUGUGAGGGGAUCCCAGGGGACACGCUGGAGCUGCUCCACCAAAAGGAUGAUCAGAUCCUGGGCCUCAGCAGCCAGCUGGAGAGGUUUACCCUGGAGAAGGAGAGCCUCCAGCAGGAAGUGAGGACGUUGAAGGGCAAGGUGGGCGAGCUCAACGAGCGGCUGGGCAUGCUGAUGGAGACCAUCCAAGCCAAGGACGAAGUCAUCAUCAAGCUCAGCGAGAGUGAGGGCAGCGUGGCCUCGCCCACCUCGGGGCCCUGCUCCCCCCUGGCAACCCCACCAGCAGGGACCAGCUGGAGCUGGACAGGCUAAAAGUAAGAGCAGGGCAGGGGCUCUG